GCCUGCUAACCCCCAUAAUGUCUGUUAAGCGCUCGCUCUCGGGAGCGGACACCAUCUCGCGCAAAAAGCCUAGGACUGGGUCGAAGAAGGGCAAGAGAGUCAACAAUCCAAAUGCCCCGAUCAAGAGCACGGAGGAGCGCUUGAGAUUCAUCCAAGACGAGUCGUGGAAGGACGAUGAGGCGAGGGAGCUCGAGGGACUGGUGUUCGGGAAGGCGUUCGCGGGGAAUGAUGACGAGGUGAUGCUAGCGGAUAAUGAUGAGCCUGUGCAGCUGGGCUUUGAGUUUAGUUCGGGCGCGGGGGAGCUGGGGCACUUGGAGGAUAAUGAUCUCUUCGUGCUCGAUGGAGCGGAUGCUAUCCUACCCUCUACACAUGACGGGGAGAGCGAAGAAGAUGAAGACGCCAAUCGCAGUGAACGAGGAAGCUCGCGAUCGGGCGACGACGAGGCUACACCUCCCCCUCAGCCAACCUUACCGAAACCAAAAUCUCGAGCUGCUUGGCAUGACCCCAGCGAUCUAGCCUCUUCUGCCACCCUUGCCCCCGCCGCCCCCUCCGCUCGCCUUCGCAAACUACGCCACGCACCCGACGAGAACAUCGCGGAUUUAUCCACCAAAGAGUACGAAUCCCGCCUGCGCGCGCAAUUCAAGCGCAUCCACGGAGAGGCAUCGUGGGUCUCGAAGGCGCGCGCCAAGGCUCGCGGCACGGGCGAGGAGGAUGCGAGUGAGGCGUCGGAUGCACUCGCGGGCGUUGUCCUGAGGCCUCGCACGAGACGCGGGGACGGGAAGUUGCAAGUGCGGAGGUUACACGACGUGCUCAGCGGCGAUGGACAGGGCGAGAUCAAGAGUGUGGUGUUCCACCCCAGCGAGCGCGUCAGCGUCCUGGCAGUCGGUUCGUCAGAUCGACGUGUGCGGUUGUACGGUGUCUCUUCCACUGCGCCGCCGACGCUGGUGCAAACCCUGCAUAUCCCCUCUCUUCCCCUCUCUUCGUCAGAGUCAUUGGCCUUCUCUCCCUCUGGGCGGGAGAUGCUGAUGAGCAGUGAUCGGCGGGGCUUUGCAUGGCUAUGGGACCUUGAAGGCGGAAGAGUGACCAGGCGAGAGCUCUCGGCACCUGCAUCAGUUUUGGACGAGGGGUUCAACCGUCAUAAGCGCCCACGCGAGGGUAGCGGGGUGUCGUUUCCCUCGUUCUCGCCGACCGGUUCUCUGCUUUCGCUCGCCACGGAAGGCACCAUUUGCCUGUACGACUGGCGCAACACAGGCAGCGGUCGCUCCCAGGGUACCCUUGUUUCGUCCUUCAAGCCGGGGACCGCCAAAGGUGACGGGGGCAUCGCUGGUGUGAGAUGGGUCGGCGAAAACACGCUCUCUGUCCUCCUUUCUUCAUCCACCGUCUUGCUGUAUGAUACUCGAAACACUGCUCGCUCAACUCUCUCGUCGACGCCUUGCGUCAGCAAGUGGACAGACGAGGGCGGCGGCUUCCGCGGCUCGGCGCGCUGCCUGGGUACAAGCGCGGGUCUCGGCGACGGCGCUGCUGGAUGGCUCGGCGUCGGCUCCUCAUCAGGCCUAAUCAACCUGUAUUCCCCGUCGAGCUUGGGCGAAGCGAUGUCCGCCGGGUCCCCGAAGCCGCUGAAGACGAUCGAGUCGCUCACGACGCCGGUCUCGCUGCUGCGCUUCAACUCGGACGCGAGCAUGUUGGCGCUUGCGAGCAAGGGCACGAGCGGGAAGACGUCGGUCGGGAUGCGCUUGUUCAACACUAACUCGCUCACGACGUACUCGAACUGGCCGACGUCCGCGACGCCGCUCGGACGCGUCACGGCAGUCGACUUUAGCCGGAGGGGCAAUGGGCAGGAGUACCUGGCGGUGGGAAAUGUGCGGGGGAGAGUGACUCUGUGGUCAAUCGAGCAAUUUCCUCUCGAGCUUUCGCCUGUCACCCCUCUCGACAUCACCACCAUGCAUACCACCGACCGUCUCCUUCUGCGUGCCUACGAAGACGAUGACAAGCGCGACAUCCUUGCACUCUAUAACGACCCUUCUGUAGCCCGCUUCAUCUCCCUCGACGACCUCGUCCCGCGCGAUGCGGCCUAUUUUGACACGCACAUCCGCCCUUUGAACGCGGGCUGCCUUUUCUACGCCGUGAUCGUUACGCGCGAGCCCGCCAAUGCCCCUAAGCUGAACCCCAACCGCGACGGCGCCGGCCCCCUAGUCCACAACGCCGUUUUCGCCGAACUCGAGCCUGAACCCAGGACCUUCGUUGGCGAGGUUUCCCUCAGUCUCACAGGUCGUACGGCGAAGAAUAGGGAUGUCACUUUGCAUAUCGCCAUUCGGCAGGGGAUGCAAGGCCGCGGUUACGGGGCGGAGGUGCUUCGGUGGCUGGUGGAUUAUACGUUCCGGGCUCUUGGCAUGCAUAGGAUGUCGUUGGGCGUAUUUGAGAGUAAUGUGGGGGCAUACAGGAUUUACAAGCGACUAGGCUUUGUGGAAGAGGGUCGCCUGAGGGAGGCAGUGAGGACUCCAGAGGGAACAUGGGACGAUCUCAUUCACAUGGGCAUAUUGGAGGACGAAUGGCGGAUGAGACGCGAAGACAGGUCCAACGCGCGAGUAUAAGUCAGCGCAGCUCCUAGCACAUACACAGUAAUGCAUAAGCUAGUCAGAUCGUAAUCGGCUCAUCGC